UCAGGCGCUAGUUGGACACCACAUGUAGCGGCGUUUAGGACCCCUCAGAGAAACAUGGCGUCCAACAACACUAAAUCGGCGUUGUUCGUUUGCUUGGGGAAUAUUUGCAGAUCCCCCAUUGCUGAAGCAGUCUUCAGGAAAAUGGCUACGGAUGCUGGAGUUGUCGAUAAGUGGAGGAUAGACAGUGCUGCAACCUCCACCUAUGAGAUAGGAAACCCUCCAGACUACCGCGGUCAGGCCUGCAUGAAGAAGCAUAAUGUGCCCAUGAGCCAUACGGCCAGGCAGGUGACCAAGGACGACUUCAUGAGUUUCGACUACAUUCUCUGCAUGGACGAGAGCAAUUUGAGUGACUUGAAAAGAAAAGCAAACUCUGUGAAGAACCACCGAGCAAAGAUUGAGCUUCUUGGUUCAUAUGACCCUCAGAAGCAGGUGAUCAUCAAAGACCCCUAUUAUGGAAGUGAUGAAGACUUUGAAAAGGUGUAUGAACAGUGUAUGCGAUGCUGCAAAGCAUUCCUGGAAGCAAACUCCUAACAACACCCCAAUGUUGAAUGAUCAUGACCCUUGUGAGUCUGACCUACUUGUGGAUGUCAUUGAAAACCACCACACUCGUUUCAAUGCUGUAAAUGUUAAAAUAAACCACAGUGUAUAUUCAGAAUGAUGCUGGGUGGACAUGUCUGUGGACUGUAAAUUGAGGUAAUUAAUAAAACAAAUAAAUGGAAUGAGUCUUAAA